AUGGGCUCGCAGCCGGAGCAGACCAAGCAGAAUGGGCCCGUGGACCUCCGUCCAGCUGAGGUUGCCGCAGACCUUGGUUACACGCCUGUUAUCCAGGUCUCUGAGCCAUGGACGGUCGAUAAGGUAGUCGCCAAGAUCCCUGGUGAUGCCCCCGUUGAAGGGUCUGAAUCGCCGCUUGCCUUUUUCCACCUCCUCGAGCGACUCAAGACGACCAAGCGAGAGGGAUGGCGGCGAUUCGGCAUUGAGAGGGGAGAAUCCAUCGCCGACCACAUGUACCGCAUGUCCAUGAUUUCCAUGUUCGCCCCGCCGUCCCUCGCCCCGAAGCUCGAUCUUGCCAAAUGCAUGAAGAUGUGCUUGAUUCACGACAUGGCUGAGCUGCUCGUCGGCGACAUCACCCCCGUCGAUGGCGUCCCCAAGCCUGAGAAGAGCCGUCGCGAGUCCGAGACGAUGGACUUUUUGACCAAGAACCUUUUGCGAAACGUCGCUGGCGGUACAACGGGCGAGGAUAUCCGUGCCAUCUGGCAAGAAUAUGAGGACUCCAAGACGCUCGAUAGUCACUUUGUGCACGAUGUGGACAAGAUGGAGCUGCUCCUCCAGAUGGUCGAGUACGAGAAGCGUGGAGAUGGCAAACUUGAUCUGGGCGAGUUCGCGUACGUCGCGACCAGAAUGACGCUCCCCGAGAUGAAGGCCUGGGGUCAAGAAGUUCUCAAGGAGCGGGAGGCCUUCUGGGGAAGCAAGACCCACGUCCACGGAGAGCAGGGCGUCGACGGAGGAGUCAAGCCGGAGCGGAAAGGUCAGCAGGAUGACUACUACUCUCGUGGCUGA